AAUGGAAAUGCUUAUAAUCAACCCACAUAGUGCAGCUUAACCGAAGUUGUAUCUAAAAUUGACGUACGGCCACAAUUUUAGCAAUAGUUAAUAAUUUACCCUGCAGCUAAACAUGUUAAACUUAAACUUGUCGGUGCGCGUUCAUCGUUUGGAAUAAAUCUGACGGUUCCUGAAGGCAGCAUUGUGCUGCAUGACAAGUAACCUGCUAACUGAGCAGAGAGAACAUCAACCAUGGCUGCUCUUUUUACAGCAAGGAAAGCUCUCAGCCGUUGUCUGAGGGGCUGUCGAGGUGUGUCGCAGCUGGCCGAGCUGCCGGAGACCCAUCAGAUCCUCAGACAGACAUGCAGAGACUUUGCUGACCGAGAGCUGACCCCCAUCGCCUCCAAGCUGGACAAGGAGCAGUUCUACCCCGCCAAGCAGAUUUUAGAGCUGGGAGCCAUGGGGGUGAUGGCCAUGGAGGUCCCUGAGGAGCUGGGCGGAGCCGGGAUGGACUACCUGGCUUACAGCGUCGCCAUGGAGGAGAUCAGCCGGGGCUGCGCCAGCACUGGAGUGGUGGUUUCUGUCAACAACUCUCUCUACCUGGGACCCGUCCUCAAGUUCGGUACUGAAGAACAGAAACACAAAUGGAUCACACCUUUCACCAGCGGAGAGAAGGUGGGCUGUUUCUCUCUGAGUGAACCAGGGAACGGCAGCGACGCGGGCGCCGCGUCCACCGUGGCCCAUCAGGACGGGGACGAGUGGGUCCUGAACGGGACCAAAGCGUGGAUCACCAACAGCUGGGACGCCUCGGCCACCGUCGUCUUCGCCACCACCGACAAGAAGCUCAAACACAAGGGCAUCAGUGCCUUCCUGAUCCCCAUGCCCCACCCGGGCCUCUCGCUGGGGAAGAAGGAGGACAAGCUGGGCAUCAAGGCCUCGUCCACCGCCAACAUCAUCCUGGAGGACUGCAGAAUCCCGCUCGACCACAUGCUGGGUCCUCGCGGCGCCGGCUUCAAAAUCGCCAUGCAAACGUUGGACAGCGGACGCAUCGGCAUUGCCGCUCAGGCGCUCGGCAUCGCUCAGGCGUCGCUGGACUGCGCCGCAGACUACGCGCACAAACGCAGCGCUUUCGGAGCGCCCAUCGGAAAGCUGCAAGCCAUCCAGUUCAAGAUUGCCGACAUGGCAGUGGCCAUUGAGAGCGCCCGCCUCCUCACGUGGAAAGCUUCUCUCCUUCGCGAUGCUAAGAGACCCUUCACCAAGGAAGCAGCCAUGGCCAAGCUCGCCGCCUCCGAGGCCGCCACGUUCUGCUCUCACCAGGCCAUCCAGGUUCUGGGGGGGAUGGGUUACGUGACGGACAUGCCAGCUGAGCGCCACUAUCGCGACGCUCGCAUCACUGAGAUCUACGAGGGCACCAGCGAGAUCCAAAGACUGGUCAUAGCGGGGCAGCUGCUCAAGGAGUACCAAGUGUAGACCCCCACUGUCACUUGGCUGGACCCCCAACAGGAAGUGCUACUCCCUCAGGAGACACCAUGGUGGUCGUGAGUUCACUUACUGUGCCUUAUUUUUAUUUUUUUUUCCACCUCCAGACUUUCACUUUAUGUUCAAUCUCCUGGCAACGGGGGUGAUCUUGGAUGUCACAUGACCAUUUUCAGUCGUGUGUGUGUGUGUGUGUGUGUGUGCGUGUGUGUGUACAUAUUUGAAUGUUUAACACUUCUUAUCAGUGAGGGGAACGUGCGAGGCCCCAAAGGG